GAUUUGUUCCUGUAACUCCCUGGGUGGGUAGAUGUACAGUUGCGAAGAAGAGGAGGAGGAAGAGGAAGGAGAGCCAUUCAUGCUUUCCUUACAUUUCUUCUGCUUUCCCUGCCAGAGAAACUUGAGUUCUGUAUUUUUCCCCCUGUGGUUUUCCUAAGCAGCGUUAAAGGAAACUUCUUUUUGCAUGAUGUCAGACUGCGAAGGAAUGGCUGUGGAUGACAGCGCUUCUGCAGCAAGCAGCAUGGAAGUGACAGACCGCAUUGCUUCACUAGAGCAGCGUGUCCAGUUGCAGGAAGAUGACAUUCAGCUGCUCAAGUCAGCUCUGGCGGAUGUCGUGAGGCGCUUGAACAUUACUGAGGAGCAGCAGGCCAUGCAGAACAAGAAAGGACCUACCAAAGCAAGACCCCUAGUACAAACACUGCCUCUGAAGACUACUGUUAAUAAUGGAACUGUUCUACCAAAGAAACCCAGUGGCUCUCUGCCUUCCCCAUCAGGAACCAGGAAAGAGAUUGUAUCGCCAGCAGCGAAAAGCAGGUCUGUGAGUCUUCUCAAUGCAUGUAAACUGAAAAAAACUGCUCUAAGCACUGUCAAAAGAACAAACUCGACUGAACGUGUGUCUCCUGGGGGUCGAAGGGAAAGCUACGGAGAUUCCAAAGGCAGCCGCAACAGAGCUGGAUCCACAAGCAGUUCAUCAAGUGGCAAAAAGAACAGUGAAAGCAAGCCCAAGGAACCAAUGUUCAGCGCAGGGAAGCGUCGUGUGACCCAUUGCCAAGAGGAAGGAUAUGUUAAAAUGUUUCUGCGCGGACGUCCUGUUACCAUGUACAUGCCCAAAGAUCAAGUGGAAUCUUAUAGUUUGGAAGCGAAAGCGGAACUACCAGCCAAGAGGCUUAAACUGGAAUGGGUCUAUGGCUACAGGGGUCGGGACUGUCGCAGCAACCUGUACCUUCUUCCGACGGGUGAAACGGUCUAUUUCAUUGCAUCGGUUGUCGUAUUGUACAACGUUGAGGAGCAACUGCAAAGACAUUACACCGGCCACAAUGAUGAUGUGAAGUGCCUAGCUGUCCACCCCGACAGGAUCACCAUAGCAACUGGCCAGGUCGCAGGAACAUCUAAGGAUGGAAAACAAUUACUGCCCCACGUCCGUGUUUGGGACUCCGUCACCUUAAACACUCUGCACGUCAUUGGAAUGGGGUUCUUUGACAGGGCUGUCACCUGCAUUGCGUUUUCAAAGUCUAAUGGAGGAAGUAACCUUUGUUCAGUGGAUGAUUCCAAUGAUCAUGUGCUUUCAGUGUGGGACUGGCAGAGAGAAGAAAAACUUGCAGAUGUCAAGUGCUCUAACGAAGCAGUGUUUGCCGCUGAUUUUCACCCUACGGACACGAAUAUAAUUGUUACUUGUGGAAAAUCGCAUCUUCAUUUUUGGACACUGGAAGGGAACUGCCUUAUUAAAAAGCAAGGAUUAUUUGAGAAACAAGAGAAGCCAAAGUUUGUCCUUUGUGUAACCUUCUCUGAAAGUGGUGAUACAAUCACAGGAGACUCAAGUGGAAACAUCUUAGUUUGGGGAAAAGGAACCAACAGAAUAAGCUCUGCAGUUCAAGGGGCCCAUGAAGGUGGCAUUUUUGCACUUUGUAUGCUGCGGGAUGGUACACUUGUGUCUGGAGGCGGAAAAGACAGAAAGCUCAUAUCCUGGAAUGGGAAUUACCAAAAACUUCACAAAACUGAGAUUCCAGAACAGUUUGGACCCAUAAGAACAAUAGCCGAGGGGAAAGGUGAGGUCGUGUUGAUAGGCACUACUCGAAAUUUCGUUCUACAAGGCUCUCUAUCAGGAGAUUUUUCUCCAAUUACACAGGGACAUACUGAUGAGCUCUGGGGACUAGCCGCACAUCCUUCCAAAUCUCAGUUCUUCACGUGUGGGCAAGACAAACACAUCACGCUCUGGGACGCUAUCAGUCACAGCCCAAUCUGGACCAAAAUUAUAGAGGAUCCAGCACAAUCUGCUGGUUUUCAUCCUUCAGGGUCUGUCGUCGCAGUCGGGACACUAACUGGAAGGUGGUUUGUAUUUGACACCGAAACAAAAGAUUUGGUCACUGUGCACACAGAUGGAAAUGAACAGCUGUCCACAAUGCGUUACUCACCAGAUGGCAACUUCUUGGCAAUAGGCUCUCACGAUAAUUGUAUUUACAUAUACAGUGUUAACGACAAUGGGAGAAAAUACAGUAGAACAGGCAAAUGCUCAGGUCAUUCCAGCUUCAUUACUCACUUGGACUGGUCCGUUAAUUCUCAGUACCUCGUGUCUAAUUCAGGGGACUAUGAAAUCCUAUACUGGGUUCCUUCAGCUUGUAAGCAAGUAGUAAGCGUGGAAACCACUAGAGAUAUAGAAUGGAUGACUUAUACGUGUACUUUAGGGUUCCAUGUUUUUGGUGUCUGGCCAGAAGGCUCAGAUGGUACAGAUAUCAAUGCUGUCUGCCGUUCACAGGGGAGGAAAUUGUUGUCAACCGGUGAUGACUUCGGCAAAGUACAUCUCUUCUCGUAUCCAUGUUCACAGUUCAGGGCUCCCAGCCACGUAUAUGGCGGGCACAGUAGUCAUGUAACCAAUGUCGAUUUUCUAUAUGAAGACACUCAUCUCAUCUCAACAGGUGGAAAAGAUACCAGUAUUAUGCAGUGGCGAGUCAUUUAGAGGAAAUCUUGUAUGAACAGAUGUGUAACCAAGAGCCAGCCCUGCCCAGAAGUUCUGUACAAAACUGUAUAUUUAAAUUUAACAGUAUGGUUGCCGUCUAGCCUAGUCACUGUGAUUUUUAAGUUAAAAAAAAUCCUUACAAACCUCAGGAAAGCAAAGUCCUCAGCCAGCUGCCGUACUUAUUUCAGUAACUUGUUAAGCAU